CACGCCGCAAACUUGAAACUUGUGAGGAAAUAGUAUCCCAUUCUAAGUUAGCUGGUUGUCCUUAAAGCCUCUCUGAAGUGGUGGCCACGAAAGAGGUGUUCCUUUGCCAUACACGUACCUCGAGAGGCCAAAGACAUAUUCAGGCCACAGUAAAGGCCAUUGAACUGAUCACCUGCUCACUGGGCCAAGCGUUGCCACACCUAUAAAACGAUAUAAAUUGUCUUUUCUAUAAGAGCCUGCGGGGAUUUCUACCAAACUCUAGCAUCCUUCUUCAAGCUAAAGAAUUUCACAACGCUGUCGCUACCGAAAUGCACGGUACCGCCAUCGGCCCAAUGCCUCGGAAAACAUUUAUGGACAAGUACCUGCCCGUCGAUGAACGAUUUAAACUCUCGUUAUCGAAGAAGUUCUUCAAGACCGCCUUACCCGAUAAUCCUUCUCGAGAAAGCGAGGUCUAUGAACCAUUUGUUAACCUCAUGAAUGCCACGGCGAAGGUUUGUCCGGGAUUCACGUUCUGCGACACAGCCGACAAGACGGAUCCCAGUUCAACAUCAAAAUUUCGUCCUGACGUGGGCCUUUACGAAGGAGAAAGACCUCCAUCAACCCUUGUCUUUGCCGUGUUAGAGCUCUUCAUCGAGUGGAAACUGGAAGAAAUUGCUGAUGGCUACAACAAAAACUUCAAGGAUACAACUGUGUACAUCGAAAAUGGUGCUAGCGUGAAGGCGAAAGCUACUAGAGGCCAGCUUUACUCCUAUGCAUCUCUUCUGAUGUCUCACCAACAUCGUCUGUUUGGAUUCGCUGUCGGUGUCUACGGAUCUAUUGCUCGACUCUACCGAUUCGACCGCUCUAGCGUCGUUGUGAGCGAACCCAUCUACUACCUCGAGAACCCACUCCAUCUUGUUGAAUUCUUCUGGAGAUUUGCUCGGCUGUCACCCACUGAGCGCGGAUACGACCCAUCUGUCUCUCCUGCAUCAUCUGAAGAAUGUGCUCUAUUUGACCGUGCGGUUACUGCAUAUCUUCGUCGUGUCAAGGAGGAGAACCUGCGCACCUUACCCGGACUCGAGAAGAUGACUGACGGGGACUACAUGACGUCCAGAGUUCAGGUCAAUAAUCACGAUGGUGCCAUAUCGUAUUAUAUCAUUCGCAAGCCUAUCACUCCUCCUGUCAUCCCGACGCCUUGCGGGCGCGCAACUCGUGGAUACGUUGCCAUCCGAGUACCCGACACAGCUACUGGAUGGGACGGACUCCAAGUCGACUUGGAAUUUCUGAAGGACUCGUGGCGAGUAGAUGGCUACGAUUCAGAGGCUGAUAUCUAUGCUGAGCUCAGGAACGGACAUGUUUCUCAUCUUCCAACCAUUUCAUGUGCAGGCGAUGUGAUGAUUGACGAUAAUGUCCAAAGGACAACAAAUCAAGACCUAUUGGAGGAUCAAGAUGCAAGACCAUGGCGGCGCCCUACAGGUGUUAUUCGAACUCACGUUCAUCACAGAGUGGUGCAGGGACUUCUGUACCCACUGAGCACCGUCAAGAGCGCUAGGGAACUUAUACGGGCCUCUCAGGAUGCACUUGAGAGUGUUAUCGAAGCCUACACAAAAUGCAACCGCCUUCAUCGCGACGUGAGCAAUGGGAACAUCAUGCUGAAAGAAAACUUUACGGAUGGUCGAGAGCAAUCGGGCAUACUAAAUGAUUGGGAUCAUAGUCGGAAGGACGACGCUCAGGCCCAGAGACAUAAUUAUCGGACAGGCACUUGGCAGUUCAUGUCAAUUCUCCUCCUGCGUGAUACAGAGAAAAGGCACGACAUUUUCGACGACUUUGAAUCUAUCCUUUGGGUGAUCCUUUUCGUGGCUGUCCAUUUCUUCACGCAUGAAGGCGAAUUUAGCUUAGCGGUCUUCAACCAGUUCGAGGACCGUGCCGAAGGGGUGACAGGUCGCAAGCCAAUCGGAGGCCACAGGAAGCGCGCAUUCUUAUCCGAAAGAGACGUGAAAUUCGAUUGCCCCGCACUUCAAUCAUUCAUCGUCGAUCUUGCGAAGUUUCACAAAGUCUACAUUGACCUCGCAACAGAAGCAAGAGAAUCAGGUGGUAAUCAGCUCACGGACUAUCAAGCGACGCUCAAGAACGAUUUGCGACAACUCUUAACACGCUUCAAGACCCUUCUCAAUGACGAAUCUGCGGACUGGAGCCAUGGACUCGCCGUCGAAGAUAUAUAUCCGCCUCAAGGCCAGAGAGAAUUAGAUCAAGCUAUUGCUCUCAACCAACAGGUACAAAGCGGCGCAGGAGAUUGGAGUGGUGCUGGACCUGCCCUACCGACCAAGAAAGCCAAACGGAAGACCAAGUCGCGACCUAAGACGAAACGAUCGGCCGACGCGAAGGGGAAGGGGAAAGGAAAGGAGAAAGCUCUUGGCAGGGCUCCUUCAUCAUCAUCUGUCGUUGCUGUGGCUUCAAGUUCACGAAGUCGUUCUCGCGGGACAAAGAGGCCUAGAGAAGAUGUCGAAUCUGAGGAUGAAGACGAAGCAACGGGGGCGCAGGAAGAUGCCAAUGUAGAAGGCCUGAUUCAGGAUGCAAGCGGACGGAAACGCAGCAGCCGCUUAUUGUAUCUGUACAAUGUAUGCGCAUCUGCGUUCUGGCCUGUGGUUGGCAUGUUUUCUAGAUCGUUCAUAACCUGGAAAGGUCGUGAGUUCAUUGAUCACUUCGAAGAAUUUCAGAUCUAUCGCGAAGUCCCCAAUGAUGUCAUCUGCUGUUGUUAGUGUCAGAAUUCACAGGUGUACCUCAUUUUUCGACUUUUGAUUCACCGUCAGGUUACGAGGACGAUCCCCUUAUAGGUUGUUUGAGCAGAAGGGAAACAUUUCGCAUGCUAACCGGCAGAGUCAUAGACGCUGUAUCAACUGGAACAUACUUCCACGGAAGUAUGCGAUGAUGAGGACCACUCAACUUUGCCCUGCAUUUCCGCGAUUCACGUAAACAUUCUGACAGAUAUGUUCGAAUGU